AUGGCACAGUCUCCCCUGUCCAAAUGUCCUUCACCUGUUGACACUGACACUCCAGGAUUCCCCGGAAAGCCCCAGUCCUGGUUGCCCAUUCUCCUCCUCCACUCACCCCUUUCCUUUGUCUCAACAGCAUCUCCACUGCUGGGAACGGAUGUGCUUAUGAGCACUGGUGCCUCCCUGACUCCAGUCACGGCACUUCCCUUUCCACCACCCACUCCUGGCCCCGAACACUGGCCACCCUGGGAGCAGCACCUGCCACCCUCAUUGACGCCAUCGUUCCCUCCUGGAACCACCCUGCUGCUGCCAGCUGUCCCCAUGACACCUUUGGUGGCUACUGGUGGCCAGGUCCCCAUGGCCACUGGGCCUUGCAACAUCACCGUCCAACUAAGGUCAGAAGGGAGGCCAGCAGAGCCCCUCCAGAUGCAGAGCUUCGUUCUUACACCAGGAACUGUCACCUGGGGUGCUCCAGGGGCCCUCAGUGGGAGUGCUACUUGCCCUGCUCCCCUAUCCUUAGCACCCUCAUUGGCGACCCCAGCUGUUGGGGUAACUCAGGCUGCCAUGGGAGGCUGGGCCCCAGGCCUUCCCCCUCUAGCUCCACCACCAGCUGCCCAGCGGGCCCCCAGCAUUCCCCCCAUCAACGCUGGGCCACGGCCACCUGGCACUUCCAGGGAGGGGAGUCUGGCCACCUCCCAGUCUCAGCCCCCGCAGGUUGACUCCUGUAACCGCAAGAGCGUCUACAAGAACUACCGACGUUGGCAGCGCUUCAAGAGCCUGGCCCGGAGGCACCUUCCCCAGAGCCCUGAUGCAGAAGCUCUUUCCUGCUUCCUCAUCCCAGUGCUUCGAUCCCUGGCCCGACUCAAGCCCACCAUGACGCUGGAGGAGGGACUGCGGCGGGCCGAGCAGGAAUGGGAGCGCACAAGCGACUCUGACCGAAUGAUGUAUUACGCGAUGGCGGCAAAGUUCAAGGAAUUUGAGGCAGAGGAGGAGACGCAACUUCAGCAAUUGCAGUCCAUGAAGGGGGUGCAGGGCCUGCCUCCUCCAGCCCCACCAAAGCCGGAACCUCGGGGGCCCCCAGCCCCAAAAGUGGGCCCACAGCUAGGUACCCACGUGCCCACUGGAGCUCAACGCAAAGGUAACAGGGACCUAGGGAUGGCCACUGUCCCCACGUCAGCCCUCUUCCCUCAAGGGGGGCAUUGGUCUUUCCACCUGAACAGCCACCCAGAGGGGGUCUCGGCUGCCCUUUGUCACUAUGGGGUAUUGACCUGGUCUGCUGUUGAGCUCCUCUCCCACCUCCCUCGGCCCCGGGAGACCAAGGCACCCAAGGAGAUUCCCCUUGAGGCUGUCAAAGAAUAUGAGGACAUCUUGGAGGAGCUGCUGGGGCCUGUCCACUUGGCCACUGAGGAGACAGAUGCAGAAUGCCCAGAGGACGGGACCUACCCGGACCCGGGUCUCCUGAGCUACGUGGACCAGCUGUGUUCCCAGGAAGACUUCGUCACGAAGGUGGAGGCCGUCAUUCACCCUCAAUUCCUGGCAGCUUUGCUUUCCCCAGAACCACAGCUGGAUCCCUUGGCACUGGCUGAGGAGUUAGAAGAGGAGGAAGGACUCUCUCCUGAAGAGCUGGUGCAGAAACGACUCCUGGCCCUGAAGGAGGAGUUGGGUGUGCAGGCAUCCACCACUCACCGUGCACCCCAACUGGACUCAAGUCCUCGUCAGUCUGAUGUUACACAAGAUGCCCAGAGGCAUGAUGAAGGCCCCCAGCUAGGGGUCAGCGAGGAAGACAGCCCACCAGAGAUGGAGUCUGAGGAACUUCCAAGGGAGGACGCAGGGCCAGGGCCAGAGGAUGGGUCCAGUGAGGAGAAGGAGGAGGUCCCCAGCCUGGACUUCAUCUUGGCCACUCAAAUCAGCCUUAGCUCAGCUCCUGCACCAGCUGCCGAGUCCAGGAAGCGGGAUCUGUGUGGAGGCCAGGGGUCUGAUGACAAGCUGCCCCAGCCCACGCCCGACCUCAGCAUCUCUGGGAGGCCAGCCUUGUCUCCGGAGCUGGUGCGCCCCUCACAACCAAACAAGAGGAGACCAUGGCCGCCACCCCGAGCACCUGAAGGACUUCGCGGCUUCACAAUCGGCUGUCAAGGGAAGGCCGCGAGACCAGCACCGGGGGGUGGGGGCCCCGUUCCCGUCCUGGGGGUCUCUGGGUGCCGGGAUCCCGGCCUCCACCCCCCACCCUCGCGCCACUCCCGGCGCCCAGCGAGGGCCGGCCCGGGAAGCGCGGCAAGCAACGCCCCAGCCCGAGCGGCCCGGCCCCAGCCGAGACCCCCGGCGCGCGGACGGCGGGGCAGCGAGCCUGGGGUCGGGGCCGGGCUCGGGGUCGGGGUCGCGGGGCCCACGCCGCAGCUGCGUUCGCCGAGGCCGGGCGGGGGUCCGCGCGGGCGGGCGGCACGCGGGGCGCGGACACUCACCACACCACGCCGCGGGAGCCCUCGCCGAGGCAGCGGGCUGCUGGAGCGCGGCCUCCCGUCGAACACCUGCCCGCGGACCGCCUCGGGGCCCGCGCCCGCCGCCGCCGCCGCCGCCGUGCUGGGCACGAAGCUCCGCGGCCGCCGCUCUGCUCCCGCCUCGCCUCCCGGAGGGGCCGCGCCGCCGCCGCUGCAGCCGCCGCCGCUGGCGGCAGGGAGCAGGGGCGGCGUCGCUCGGGAGACCCGCAGAGAUGCCAGCCGCUCCAACCGACUGCCGCCUGCCUGCCUGACUAAGUGA